CCCGUCUUGGUACCGGCGUUGUACUAGUACACUACUAGUUUACCAGGAUGGACUCUUAGCCUCAAGGGCAUAUGCGGGGUUACGUGCUUUUUUGUGAGGCUGCCCCUGCAUGUGAAAAGAGAUUGAUAUGCCGAGGGUGAAGGCAAGGAGUGUAUUGGUCGACGCGGUCGCAUGGGUAUACUCUAGGCCAGAGGCUCGUAUCCCCGGUAUUGCAUUGAGACGAUCGAUAAUAGUUGUGGAAUGGCUGGGUCAAAUUGGCAGGUUCCCAAUGUUGUAAUAACUCCAGCAUGCGCACACGAUCAAGGCCACCUCCGCCCAAGCUCAGUCUGAAAAUUACGAUGCGCCCAAGUUCUCCAAUAGUGACACAAUUUUCAGGCAAGCUCACCAGUCAAGUGCGGAGAGUCUUGCCUGCAUACAUUGCUUUGAUCUUCCUCUUCUUGUUCUUUGCCAACACCGAGUUCUUUACAACCCCGAUCCGAGCAGCGAGCAGAUAUAAGCGCGAGCUCAAAUACCAGCAGCCACUCCAACCAGUUGGCUCGUUGAUUCCAAAGAAGAUAUGGCAGACAUGGAAGGUUGGUCCUCUGGGCUUUGAGCAGCGCGACUCAGACUCGGCCAAGACCUGGGCUCAGAAAAACCCUACGUACCGGUACGAGGUGUUGACAGAUGAUAACGCGAACGACUAUCUCGAGUGGCACUAUGGGCCACACGGCCUUGACCGAAAGGAUCUCGUCGACCUAUACCGGGAACUAAACAUCACCAUAAUAAAAGCCGACCUGCUUCGAUACCUCGUGAUGUACGCCGAAGGUGGUGUAUAUGCCGAUAUUGAUGUAGAGUGCCUACGACCCAUCAACAGGUUCAUUCCCGAGCGCUACAACGAGCCAGACAUUGACAUGAUCAUCGGAGUGGAAAUUGAUGAGCCUACAUUUGCCAAUCACGAGAUUCUCGGAUCCAAAUGCAAGUCGUUUUGCCAGUGGACUUUUGCCGCCAAACCCCGGCUUCCGGUUAUGAUGCGGCUUAUCGAGAAUAUUCAAGAUUGGUUACACGAGUUGGCCAAAGCGAAAGAGGUACCUAUAUCGCAGCUCCACUUGGAUUUCGACGAAGUGAUCAGUGGUACGGGGCCGUCUGCGUUUACCAAAGCGGUCUUGGAACAAAUGAUGGCGCAGAACCAUGGAAACCCAGUCACUUGGGAUCUCUUCCACAAUCUAGCAGAAUCGAGACUUGUUAAUGGAAUUCUCGUGCUCAAUGUCGAAGCAUUUGCAGCUGGUCAAGGGCACUCCGACUCUGGCAACCACGGCUCCAGAGGUGCGCUAGUGAAGCAUCAUUACCACGCCUCGGGCUGGCCAACUCUUCAUCCCAGGCGAAACCACCCCAUGUAUGGUGAGGUAGAGAAGUGCAACUGGAAGCCAGAGUGUGUAGCAGAAUGGGACAAGAAUGUAGCUGAGUGGGAUACGCUGUCCAAGGAAGAACAAGACAAGCGGCUCGCCAGUAAACCGGCCCCUCAUGGGGUGCCGAAGCUAGGAGUUUAAGCCUUGCUGCCGAACAGAUAAUUCAAGUUGUGUGUUCAUUCUUCCUAACACUAGGGGCGAGCGGAGCUCGGAAGGUGGUAGUGACGUUGGGUCGUAACUGCGGUUAGCUACAGCAACCGUCAGACGUUCCCGGGACAU